AUGCUGGUGACUGCCUACUUCGCCCUCGUCCUACUCCUGGCCUCCUGCCUGGGGCUGGAGCUGUCAAGAUGCCAGGCUAAGCCCCCUGGAAGGGUCUGUAGCAAUCCAUCCUUUCUGCGGUUUCAACUGGACUUCUACCAAGUCUAUUUCCUGGCCCUGGCGGCCGACUGGCUCCAGGCUCCCUACCUCUAUAAACUCUAUCAGCAUUACCACUUCUUGGAGGGUCAGAUCGCCAUCUUCUACGUCUGUGGCCUUGCCUCCACCGUCCUCUUUGGGCUAGUAGCCUCCUCUCUCGUGGAUUGGCUGGGCCGCAAGAAGUCAUGUGUCCUCUUCUCUCUCACAUACUCUCUGUGCUGCCUCACCAAACUUUCUCGGGACUACUUUGUGCUGCUGGUGGGCCGAGCGCUUGGUGGACUGUCCACGGCCCUACUCUUCUCGGCCUUUGAGGCCUGGUAUGUGCACGAACACGUGGAGCGGCAUGACUUUCCGAGGGAGUGGAUCCCCACCACCUUUGCCCGGGUUGCCUUCUGGAACCACGUGCUGGCUAUCGCGGCAGGUGUGGCCGCUGAAGCUGUGGCCAGCUGGAUGGGGCUGGGGCCCGUGGCACCUUUUGUGGCUGCCAUCCCCCUCCUGGCUCUGGCUGGGACCUUGGCCCUCCGGAACUGGGGCGAGAACUAUGACCGGCAGCGCGCCUUGUCCAGGACCUGUGCCGGGGGCCUGCGUUGCCUCCUGUCGGACCGCCGUGUGCUGUUACUGGGCACCAUCCAGGCCCUGUUUGAGAGUGUCAUCUUCAUCUUUAUCUUCCUCUGGACACCCGUGCUGUUCCCACACGGGGCCCCUCUGGGCAUCGUCUUCUCCAGCUUCAUGGCAGCGAGCCUGCUGGGCUCUUCCCUCUACCGCAUUGCCACCUCCAAGAGGUACCACCUUCAGCCCAUGCACCUCCUCUCGCUGGCUGUCCUCCUCGUGGCCUUCUCGCUCUUCAUGCUGGCUUUCUCCACCAGCCCAGGCCAGGAGAGCCCCGUGGAGUCCUUCAUCGCCUUCCUGCUGAUCGAGUUGGCCUGUGGGCUGUACUUCCCCAGCAUGAGCUUUCUGCGAAGGAAGGUGAUCCCCGAGACAGAGCAGGCCGGAGUUCUCAACUGGUUCCGGGUGCCGCUGCACCUUCUGGCCUGCCUGGGCCUCCUGGUCCUUCAUGACAGUGACCGCAAAACGGGGACGCGGAACAUGUUCGGCAUCUGCUCCGCCGUCAUGGUGACGGCGCUGCUGGCGGUGGUGGGACUCUUCACAGUGGUGCGGCACGAUGCCGAACUGCGGGUGCCCUCCCCCACGGAGGAGCCCCAUGCCCCUGAGCUCUAACCCUAGCUGGUCCAGGCCCUGGCGCUUUGGAAUAGACCCUUGGAUCCUGCCUUGCCAGGAGGGUUGUAAGGAUCUCUCCGGGACUUGACUUUGUGAUUCUCGGCCCCCAGUCUGUCCUGGGGUCCCUCCUGCCAGUCCUUUGGGGUGGAAAGGACAUCGGGGUGAUGGACUGCAAAGAAGGUGCCAACAGCUGCCUCUGUGUCGCCCCUUCCCCCGACCACUUUACAAUAAACUGUUUGAACUGC